UAAUCUGGAGUAAAGACCUGCUAGCCUACUAAAAUUGCUCGGGAUUCCGAAGUGGAAAAGGAUAAGGAUUGCUAUGGACUUUGUGAUGGAGCUACCCGUGACUGUUAGAUACAGAGAAUCUUUCAACUUUUGGCACCCUUCAUGUUGGCUAUACUAUACAUAAAAGGAAAUGCAUUAACAAAUUUAUGUGAAUAUACUUCAUAUGAUUUCAUGGUGUUCCAGUGAACAUCACCUUUGAUAAAGAAUCGAGUUCCACUUUGCACUUUCAGAAAUCUUUCCUAGAAGCAUUGUGAAUAUGGUUGGAACUUGGUAUCGGAUUUCAUCUGCAGGUAAAAGAGAGUCUGAACGUACUAUAUAGAACUUUAGGACAUGAGAGUUUGCAUUUUUUAUUUCGGAGGUACUUGGAAGGUUUACCUAUCCCUAAGCGUUCGUACAACAACUUUCAAUAAAUAUUCAGAUGGCUCCAUAUGGGGCCUUGUACAGCAGACGGUGCCAUUCCUUUAUCAAAUACUCUUUAUCCAGGGAGGCUAUGUAUUAGGAUCAGACCAGGUAUAUGUACAAAAAAAAAAACAAUUAUGGAUAAGGUUCAGUUUUAAGACAAAUUGCUUAUCGCUCAAAGUAGACAAAAGUCUUAUAUGAAUAGGGGGAAAAAAAAACUUUGAAUUCAAAGUUGGGGAUUAGUUGUUCCUAGGAGUGUUUCCUAUCAAGAAACGAUGUGAUUCAAAAAAAAAGAGAGGUAAAUUUAGCCCGGGGUUUAUAAGACUAUGAGAUAUACUUGACCAGGUAGAAGUAGGGGAAUACCAUUUGACACUUCCCCGUUAGAUGUCUUUUAUCCAUUCAAUGUUUCAUGUCUUUGUGCUAAGAAAAUGUAUGUCAAACUCCUCUCGUGUGGUUGAAGCAUCGACUUUUCAGCUUGGUAAGACGAUGUAUGAGGAAAAGCCGAUGGCUUUGGCGGAUAGACAGUAAGAGAGUUAUUGUCAAAAGAGAUUGUACCUGCAAAAGUCUUAUGGGGAAAUCAUUCUGUUGAAGAAGCUACAUGAGAGUCGGAAAAUAAGAUGAGACUCAAGUACCCUCACUUGUUUCAGUCUUCAGACAACGCAGGUGACGGCGAGAAUUACGUUAGCUAGAGUGUUCGAGGUAGCAUUUUCCUGAGAUCAAAUGGAUGACUCAAUGAAGCAAUUACAAGAGAAGCUUAUUGAGGUUGAAAUUGAAGGUGAAAAUCUUUUAUUAGCUCGGCAAAAGUUAGUUGAAAAUGAUAGAGUGAGGAAUGGGAACAGGGAAGCAUUAACUGCACUAAGGAGGAGGGCCAAGACGACAAAAACUAGCAUUCCUACACCUUUCGCAUCAAUAAUGAAGGAUGUUGAAUCAAGACCACUGGUGAAAGAGAUUUGUCCAACUUGUGGCAAUCAUGAUUCAAAAGAGAAGACUUGGGUCAUGUUCCCGGGAACUGAUAUAUUUGCCAAUAUUCCUUUUCAUGCUGCUCAUACCAUUCUGGAGAAAGAUCAAACUCUACUCGAUUACGAAGCUAAGAAACUUCAGAGCUUUGUAAAGGAGAAGUCUUUAUGGAUAUCAGAUCAAGGAGUUCUUGCAGAUAGGAUUAGUCCUGGUGUCCUCAGAUCUAUGGUGACCUUAACUGACAAACCAAAGACUGAGCAGAAUGAAUAACCAACUUCCGUAUUAAUUGGAUAUGGGGGAACUUGAAUGCUUCUUCGCUUCAUCCGAUUCCCUUUCCUUUUAUAGAAGGGAAAAAGCUUAAGUUAUUGCAGAGUUGCUUUUCGUUCACUCUGUAAAACGAGGAGAAUUUGACCAGUGCCAUCUCUUUUUCAUCCCAUACAGCUCAGAUUUCAUGUACAAGUUCUCAGAUACAAGUUAUAUUUUUCUUGGUUUUGUUAUUACAAGAUGGUGGGAUGAUUAAUGGUACAAAUCAUUUAAACCAAUCGUCAUGGUUACUAAAAUGUGUAUGCCACAAGAGUAAAAAUUGACAACUGUGUAACGAUAUUCGAAGGGUCCUCCUCAACUGCAGGAACUUAUUAAAUUUCUAACCUGCUUCAUUGAAAUAGGGGAGAAUGAUAUUUCUUUUGUAUAAACAGGUAAUCCAUGGUUGUGCCUUGUUUGGUAGAAAUUGGGUCAGCCAUGUCCUGACAUUGGAGGGGACCUCCUCUAUUACUUCUUUGGAAUUUAAUUCAUCUAUAAACUGCUAUAAAUGCCCCAAA